GGAUAGUCAAGAGAAGAAGAAGAAGAGAAAGACCGAAAACUACAGCAGAGAGACAACAGAGAACAGUACAGAAAGAUGGCCGACAGCGCGGGAGGGGAAGCUAAAAUAUUAACCCGCGGAAUUAAAAGGACGAAAACUGACGAUGAUGGCCCAACAGAAGAUGGAAAGGAAACUGAAAAUCCUUUACUUGGAUUUAAAACAUCGAGUGUCCUGAGUGGUUCUGCUCGGGAGAAAAACAUCUUCAUUCAUGGAAAGGUAAUAAGAAAGCAGUCAAAAGUUUUCUAGACUAUUUCCACUGAGCGAGGCUUUAGUUCAUUUUCCCAGACAAGAGAGUGAAGGAAAGACCUCCAGUCAUCUGAUAUGUUACAAUAAUGUCUCUAUUAUUGCAGAGUCGUUGUCACAUCAAUGUCUCUGAAAUGACUAAACUGUGAAAACACUGUGUUAUUGUGCUCUCAGUGGUGUAUUUAAUGCAGGUUGUAUUAUCCGUGUCUCCUACAGCUGGCAGAUGAAGAGGCUGUGGUCAUUAUGGAGAAGACCCCCAUCAGAGAGGACACUCUGGCAGAACUCUUUCGGGGGUCCACGCUGAAACUAGAGAUGAGGAACGACAUCUACAGCACCUAUCGAUUACAGGCUCCCCUUCACCUCAAUGGUAUGGGCUGAUAUAACACACGUUCAAACAGUCUAAAUCAGUCCAUGGCUGUACAGAGGUUUAAAAAGUAACUGUGUCCAUUUUUUCAGAGAUAAAAACAACUGUGGUCUGUCCUGCUACUGAGAAACAUGUCAAGAAAUACCAGCGCCAGGAGAGUUUCCUUGUGGAGGAGACUGGGGAGGACUAUGAGUCCAUCACUUUGCCCUACAUCAAGCAGCAGAGUUUCAGUCUGCAGGUGUGUAGACUCUAUUGCCCUUCCUGCUCCAUCACUAACUGGAUUGACUUGAAUGUUUGUGUCCAUUCAGCAGAAAUAGUGAACAGUAAAUGCAUGUGUAUGAUAGAUCAGAUAAAUCUGAAAACUAAUUUGCAUUUGUAAUUCAGACCAAAACUACACUGUCAUUCAAAUACUAAACUGUGUCAGUCAACAUUGUCAGUACAUUGAGAAAACAAAAACAACAAAAAAACUUUCUAGUAUUAUCUGAACACUUUUUUGCCCCCCAUUUUUUAACUCUGGUUGACCACCACUCGUCCAAAAUAAUAAAAUAAUACUUAUUAAAAAUAUAUAUUAAAAAAAAAAAGAUAAAAGGAUGAUUCUUGUGCAAGGUGCAUUAAAAAAUGGAAGAUCCCCAAAUACAUGUUACUUAUCAUUCUCUGAUUUCCUGCAUUUUCCCAAGUUUAUAUGCAUCUAUAAAUGAUGCACUAGUGUAUCAAUUGUAACAGGAAAGUACAAAUCAAAAUAAAAAGAAUCACAAAAAAAGAUAAAGAUAAGAAAACUAGACAACACACAAAAUGACAGUUUCAUACAGACCUUUUUAAUGUUUUAUAGUUCCUCAGUACACUUUUCAAUUUUACUCAAACCAUCUUCCCUUAUUUCUUUCCAGCUCUUUAUACCAGAAAGUAUUUAAUCGUAUAUUCUUCUAGUUUUGCGUAAAGAUAACAUAUUUAAACAGCUUAAAAAAAAAAAAAAACAUUCGUGAACAUAAAAGUGAUCUUUUCCAGAGUGUUAUGCUCUCUUCUGUCUCUAACCAUUAAUUUUCUGUGGAAGGUUACAGUUAUUCCAGCUUUAGUGUUCUCAGAAUCCAAAAAAGAAAGAUCUUAAAUACUUUUAAACCUGUGAGAUGUGUCUCCAACUGUAUAUUCUCUUUAUCCACACACCCUGCUUUUACAGACGUCUGACCAAGAGGUUUUCCUGCACACCUCCAUAUUAAAUUUACAACAUUCACCCCCCACAGUGGGUUUACAACAUCCUGGAGAAGAAGGCAGAAGCUGACCGCAUAGUUUAUGAAGACCCUGACCCAAAGCUUGGCUUUGUCCUUCUUCCAGAUUUCAAAUGGGACCAAAAACAGGUGAGAGGUGGUGGAAUCUUGUGAUUCGUUUAUUUCACUUCUCUGACAAUUAAAAGGCAAAAUAAUGUUUUUCUUUUGCUUUUUAUGAAUAUAGAGGAUCAUUUGUAAUGAAAGGUUUUAAGGCAACUAUAAGAAGUUUGAUAUUUACACUCUAAGAAAUCCUUCUGGUGAUAAUUUCAUGAAACGUCCCUGAGUAGGUUACUUUAAAUUUAAAAAAGAAGUAGAAAUAGCUGUUCUGUGCUGUUCUGGACACAGAUUCAGGUGUUCAGCUACUUUUUCACUUGGGUAAUCUAAUCCAACCCAAAAUAACAGCUCUACCUCAAGUUCUACUUCAGGAAGCUUCUGAAGUUUCUGUUGACGUGAUCAGAAAGGUGACAACUGUCUCUUUUCUCCGGUACACCGUGACCACCCAUUAUAUCUUCAAUAAUUAAUAUAAAUAGGUUUUAUCCCCUUUCUGAUCAUGUAACAUACAUUCAUAGUUGCAUGUUACUGCUGCAGUCAUGAUUGGAAGCCGCAACUGUUGGUUUCAGUUUUUUGCACUUUUUGCUCUUCUUUCAGGUCGAGGAUUUAUACCUGAUUGCCAUAGCACAUUGCAGGGACAUUAAGAGCAUCAGAGACCUGAAGUCAGACCAUCUACCACUGCUGAAGAACAUAUUCCAGAAAGGAAAGGUGAGGUUACAAGAUAAUUCAGGAGUAAACCCCAUCUUCAUAUUGCAGGUCCCAUCAAUGUGACUCAGUGUUAAUGAUUAGGGCUUUCAAAUGAGAUAUUCAUGUUGACUAACAAAGACAAAAUAAUGCAUCAAUAAGUUACUUAAUUUAUGUAAUCGCACUUCACUCUACCUUUUGACCACUGACUGUCCUUAGCAGCUCUAAAAGUAUUGUGGGAACAUACAUCCACACAUCUGCUUGUGUAUUAUAAAUAUUUAAAAGAUCUCUUGAAAGAUUUUAACAACAUGGUUUAGGAUGCCAGAGUUAUAUAUUCCUAAUAUUGUUUCUAACAGUCAAUGCAAUCCGAAACUCCUUUUUGAUACUAGAGGUAAUCCUGUGUCUUCUGUUCCCUUUAUCAGUCAACCAUUGUAAUAAUUUUCUGUCUUUCUUUAUUGGAAAAGUCAACGAUAUUCGCUCAAACAUCAACCCUUCCUCUUGUCUUAUCCUCCAGUUUCUUGUCCCACCUGACAACUGAUCCUUACAAAUUUUGCCUCUAUCUCCCUGCAAGAGCUUACCAAACUAAUUGGUGGUAUGAAAACUUCAUUCAGUUCGUUAGACAUUAUUCCAACUAGUCUACUUGAAGAAGGAAUUGUUUCCUUUUCUACUCAAUAAUCAAUAAUUCAUGAACAACCGGCCUCGUCCCAUCCUAUUUCAAACAUGCGGGUGUACAGCCUCUUCUGAAAAAAUCGAAUCUUGAUCCUUCAUGGCAGGAAACCCACAGACCCAGAUCAGAUUAGUUCUGAGGUCUUAGAAAAGGUGGUUGUUGAGCAGCUCACAGCUAUUCUGGAUGAACAUGAUGUUUUCAACUAAUUCCAGUCUGACUUCAGUCAUUCUACAGAGACUGCUCUUCUCAGGGUAACAAAUGGCCUGUUGAUGAAGGCUGAUGCAGGGGAGUGUUCAGUGCUGGACCUCAGCACAACCUUCAAUACUGUGGAGCACAGUGUGCUAAUCCAGCGGCACAGACAGUGGGAGGGUGUCUCUAGAACAGCAUUAGACUGUUUUCCUCCUUGUCUGGUAGAGCAUUUUCAGUUGCUGCUUUUAAAUAUAGUAUGUCUCAUGAGCUGGGACCCUGUCUUGUGGAGUCCCUCAGGGCUCUGUCCUGGGCCCUCUGUUGUGUUCUUGAUACUUGCACCAGCUGGGAUAUCUUGUAAGGUCUUUAGAAGGUGUAUGUCAUCUAGACCUGGGUUUUAAAAAAUGUUUGUAAGUACAUUAAAAACAAAAUGGACCCCAGUUAUGAUAAAACUUGUAUUAUUCUGUAAGGUGAGAGCAGAUAUCUUUGAUAUUUUUGUUUGACACUUGUGCGAUUUUGAAAAAUGAGCAGUCUUUUUGUCCACCUACAGAAGAGUUAGGAGAGUACUCCAGUCCCAGAGUAGACCUGUUUGUAAAUAAAAGUCUGCAAUAGAGAAGAAUGACAAUUUCUUUUCAUUGUAACAAAGGAGGCCAUCAUGCUGCGGUACAAUCUUCCAGCCAGUAAGCUGAGAGUCUACCUGCACUACCAGCCCUCCUAUUACCACCUUCAUGUCCACUUCACAAAGCUGGGCUUUGAGGCUCCUGGCUGCAGUGUGGAGCGGGCACACCUUCUUUCAGACGUUAUUCAAAACCUCCAGUCUGACUCCCAGUACUACAAAACUCGGACCCUGUACUUUCCCUUACGGGCUGAAGAUGGACUUCUCAGCAAGUUCAGAGAGCUUGGCAGGCUGUAACUCACCAUUACACAGUUUCUCAUACAGGUAAAGAAGUUUACAGUGAUACAUAAAACGAUACCUGAUGUUUGAAGCUGUUUUGUGAUCAAUAUUCAGAUCAUUUUAAUAUUUGUCCUCUCCAUAUUAAAAAUAAAUCACAGGACUGAAUGAGUGAAUUAUUUUUUUUUAUAUAUCUUUUCUACAUGUUUGCUGACUUUCUCCAUUUUCUUUGACUCAGCCUGAUCCUUGAAUGUUUUUGAUAUGCAAGUUUUUUUUUAUUAAACAAUUACUGGUCAUCAGGCAGCUUCAUUAUCAUGGAUGUCUUUAAACAUGAAUGACCUUCAAAUAUCUUUAUUUCUACCAUCAGAUUCAGGAGAUUUAUGAUGUGCAUGUUGACGUGGAUGAAACUUCAGAUCAGUGAUUCUCAAACUUUAAAAAAUAAAUUUUGCUGUAUUUUUAAAUAAACAUAACUAAAACUGUGCGUGUAAGAGUUG